AUGGAGUUUGACAGAGAAGCAGAUAAACACCUCAAAUUCAAGACUACCAAAGGUGUGCCGGUGGUGGCCUCCUUUGAAGAGAUGAAUCUGAAGGAAGACUUGCUGCGUGGUAUCUAUGGGUAUGGUUUUGAGGCACCAUCAGCUAUUCAGUCAAGAGCCAUCAUGCAAAUCCUCACCGGUAAGGAUACUAUAGCACAGGCCCAAUCAGGAACCGGUAAGACUGCCACAUUUUCCAUUGGGAUGCUGAAUGUUGUCGACACAAAGAAAAAGGAUACUCAGGCCAUUGUUUUAUCUCCAACGAGAGAGUUAGCUGUGCAGAUCAACAACGUAAUACAAAAUUUGGGAGACUAUAUGAACAUCCACACUUAUGCUUGUAUUGGUGGUACAAGUGUGGGAGAGGAUUUAAAGAAAUUGCAAAAAGGUCAACACAUAGUUAGUGGUACUCCAGGAAGAGUCUGUGAUAUGAUAAAAAGGCGAAACUUGAACGUUAGGAAUGUUAAAAUGUUAGUCCUGGAUGAGGCCGAUGAGCUGAUGACAAAGGGAUUUCAAGAGCAGAUUUAUGACAUUUACAAAACUCUUCCGCCUUCCACUCAGGUGGUGGUUGUUAGUGCGACUUUAACUAAAGAGGUUCUAGUAAUGACGAAUAAGUUCAUGAAUGAUCCUGUCAAAAUCUUGGUGAAGAGGGAUGAAGUGAGUUUGGAAGGAAUUAGACAAUUCUACAUUCAGUGUGAAAAGGAGGAAUGGAAGUUUGAUACACUGUGUGAUCUAUAUGACUCUUUGACAGUGACCCAAGCAGUGAUUUUCUGUAACACCAAGAAGAAGGUCGAUUGGCUGACCGAACAUUUGCGAAAGGCUAACUUCACGGUUGUAUCAAUGCAUGGAGACAUGAAACAGGAGGACAGAGACAGAAUUAUGAAUGAAUUUAGAUUGGGUAAUUCCAGAGUAUUGAUUUCCACCGAUGUAUGGGCUAGAGGAAUCGAUGUCCAGCAAGUUUCCUUAGUAAUCAACUAUGAUAUUCCUUUUGCCAAGGAAAACUAUAUCCAUCGAAUUGGUAGGUCUGGUAGAUUUGGAAGAAAAGGUAUGGCUGUGAAUCUAGUAACCGAGGAGGAUAUUGGAGAACUUCAUGCCAUUGAAAAAUACUAUUCGAAAAAAAUUGAGGAGAUGCCGGCAAACUUCAGUGAUUUGGUUUAA